GAGCUGCAAUAUUGGUCACCACCAACUAAGAAGAAUAAAAUCAACCUUCACAUUAAUAUAAUCAAUUGGAGCUCUAAAAAUUCUAGAGCUAGAAAAUUAAAUUCUCCUCAUUAUCUUGCUGCUAACACCAAUAAACUUAUUGACCAUAAGUAUGUCCUUCAACGAACAAGACAUUUUAGAGAAGAUGAUGAUAUCAAUAAGCGAAUUUUUCUCGAUAGAACCUAAACCAAAAUGUAGACGAGGAAUUGUUUUAAAAAGCGCUUAUAAAGAUAUAUUAGCUGUUUUGAAGUUGAAGAGAUCAAAGAACCAAGUGAAAUCUUUUUCCAAUGAUUUUGAUCCCAAACAUCAAAAUCACAAUGACCCUUUUGAUUAUAUGAGUCAUGAGAAGCUUCCUAAUCAAUUGGAAGAUUCUAUGUUUCAUUCUACUCAACCCUCAGCUCCACCAAUUCCAAAUCCUACCUUUAUUGGAAUCAAAGCUAAUAUUUUAGCUAACUUUGACAUUGAUUAUGUUCCUUUGCUAGAAAAAGUUUGCAAUAUUCAUCCUUGUUUAAUAGAGUGUCAAAGGAAAAGAACUCCAAAUUAUGCAACUUGGGCUUUUACAGCUCUUGGAAGAGUUUUACAUUUUCUUGAGAUCACUAAAGUGGAAGAAAUGAAUAAAGAGGCAUGUGAAUGGCUUCAAGUAUUGUGGGAUGAAGUUCAAGUGUUUGGAUUUGAUUUGUCAUGGCUUGCACCACAAGUGGAGUUUGCUUUGAAGUAUGUGGAGAAAACAAGCAAAGUGAAUAUGCUUGAGGAGGAAAAAAAGAAGCUAGAGGUGAGAAUUCAAGAAUUAAGCAUGGAAUUGUUUGAGACAAAGAAAGAGAUGGAAAGUUCUAAAGAUGAUUUGGAAAAAUUUAGGGUGGAAUUGGGUUAGUUGGUGGAAAUUAGAAAGGUUAUUGGGAAAUCAAGCUUAUGAUGUAGAAUUCUUUGAAAUAUGUGACUAUAUAUUUUAAGGGGAAAUACAAUAUGAGAUACUUUAAAUUAUUUGAUUGUAUUAGAUUAGUCCUUUGAAUUUUGUUGUUGAUGUCCCAAAUAGGUCCCAUAAGACAGAUUGGGUGUACACAAUUACCCUUUUUAACAUUAUAUUAUAAAAAUAUGCAAAUAUCUAUUA